GUGGCGGAGAGACGGAGGAGCACAUGCAUUUUCUGCUGGACUGAACAGACUUCAUCUUCACAUUUCUCUGUUUCUAGUUUUUGUAAGGCUGGAAAAUAAAUUAAAUGGGCACAAGAGCUUCACUGUCAAGCAAAAUAAAAAAGAAUAAAAAUAACCUGAAACAAAUUCAAAGGAACGAAGUUAGGAAGAUGACGUGAUCUUGCCAGUUGGCACAGUUUGGACAGAAAGCUGAACGACUGCAACGCCUGAUCAAGUCUGGUCUUGUGGGAGUCCAUUUGUGCGGAAUAAUGCCGAGCUUGACGCCGCACAUACCAGUCCCCAUGCCCUCCUAUUCUCAGACCAGGGAGAAUCUGGUGAAAGCAAUCCCACCCGAGCUCCUCUGUCUGCUGGCCUGCGGGGGGAUAGACUGUCGCUAUGAGGGACCGGAGUGCUGGAAGUUAAACCAACAAGUCAUUCGAGGCCUUUUCUCCUCCUGGGUGACAGAUGAUAUAGUUGCCAUGGCAAGACCAUCCAAUCAUCUGAUCGAGAAGUACAACAUCAUAGAUCAAUUUCAAAGGUUAAACAUCCGAUCAAUCAUCAACAUGCAGCUGCCGGGGGAGCAUGCUCACUGUGGACCUCCUCUUGACCUGGAGAGUGGCUUCACUUACUCUCCACAGAUCUUCAUGGACAAUGACAUAUACUUUUACAACUUUGGGAUGCCAGAUUUUGGAGUUUCGUCUCUUGUUGGGAUCAUUGAUGGAGUGAAAGUUCUGGCCUUCGCAGUAAAGGAAGGCAGAGUGGCGGUGCACUGCCAUGCAGGCCUGGGCAGGACAGGCGUCCUGAUAGCAUGUUACUUGGUCUUCACCCUGCGCAUUAGCCCCAGUGAGGCUGUCCACUAUGUGCGCAUCAAACGACCUCGUUCCAUCCAAACGCGGUCACAGAUAAACCAGGUCUUUGACUUUGCCCGGCUGCUUUGCACACAGCUGGUCCAGUAUCCAGACCUCACCCUGCGGCAUGGAGCCCCGUUCACCCUGCAGCACUACCUGAACCGACAAGCGCUGCUGCUGCAUGGAGAGGAGGCACGCAAACUCAGAUACACACCAAAGGUGGUGUACCUCCUGUGCGUGCGCCUCUCCUGCUUGGCUCUUGGCCUCCCUUUUCCUCCAGAGGUCCAUGCUGAGCUGGACAAGAGGUCAGCACUGAAGAGCCUGGACAGGACAGUGAGAGAGACAAUCGUAUCCAAACAGUACAUGCCCUUGCUGAAUGAAGGCUUUAAGGACUCGAGAACAGGCUCUGGGUCAGUGUCCUCCUGGGACGAGCCGCUGGGAUUCAUGGAGCGGAAACGGGAGGUGCUGCUUGACAAGCGCAGCUAUAGUGACUCCGACCUCAGUAAAAUUAUCGUAAAUGAGGACCUGGAGCUGAGUCCGUACUACACAGCAGCACUUGGACACGAGAAGCACUGGUGCGUGCAGGAUCUGAUCCGAUCUGAUCUGGGACCAGUUAGUCCAGUCCAGGGUACGCUCUCCCCAAGCCGGCAGACAACCGAAAAGAAAUCAUGUGUACUCAACAUCUCAGCGUCCAACAUGACAACAACCAGCAGCUGCGCAAAAAAGCCAAAGUGCACAGCUAAAAGGGCACUUCCCAAAUACAGCUCCAGCCUGGAGUUGAGCAGAAAGCCACAUAACCCUGGUCCAACCUCAAUGGCCCGCCUUGUUGCCAAGGCAAUGGCAGAACAAGGCCCUCCUGAACAAAGCAUUCUGCAGAGGUCAGCCCUGCUCCAGGAGGAACUGAACGGCAGUGAGUGCGGCUGGGCUCUGCUGGUCACCGAGACGGAUCUUCAAGUCCUCUGUUGUCUCUUGUGGACUUGGCUGGAGAAGUUAAGGGACCCGGUUCUGAGUGCUGAGGAUGUUGAAAGGCUGAGCGCGGGAGGGAACAACAGCAAUCCUCUCAGUCUGCUCAAGAAACCACAGAGACACAGCAUCUACUGCCUGCUAAGCUGUGUCAGCACAGUGAGCAGCCUUUGUCCACACAGAGAGGAUGCAGUGCUGCAGCGGCUCAUAUGCGCACUUACAAGGCACCCUGUAGAGGAAAUGGGAAGCUUAGCACCUUUAAUGAAAGUCCUGAAGGCCAGUAUGAAAGAAACCGUCAACCAACGAUGCAUGACGAGGGCCAGCAGCAGCAACGCUACACUGUGAAGAGCAGUCGUAACCAGUGGAGACAAAAACACGACCAACGAACUGGAUUUUUAUGAUUGUUAUUAUUUCCUUCAAGAAACAGAGUGUGAGCAAAAUCAAAAGGCACACAUGGCUUCCUUCCUCAGAAAACAUUUUGGUAUGUCACAGUAGAUAACAGCACGAUAAUCAAUAAAAUAAAUGAUAUGCAAAAUACUUUUGGAUGCUUUUGUUGUGAGGUGAUGUUUCUGCAGAUGCUGAUGCUGUCACUGUGACUGUCACUUUUUCAAUCUGGUGCUUUGGCCUUUACAGACAUCUGAUACAGCAUCAACUGCUUAUCUUAAAAGUUAGAUGAGUCUUUGACAAAACAGACUUUCAUAAGAAAAAAAAGAAGGUGUUAAAUCCAGAGUGAUUGUGAGCUUUGGACUACUUCACCUGUCGUCCUGCAGUGUACUUGAAAUGAGCUCCUCAUGUUGAAACUCAGUGACGAUGCCACUGAAAACAACUUUAGUUAAUAUUUGCUUUCAAUGGUUUAAACUACGCUACUUCCGUCCUAUUAUGUUAAACCAAAAAGGAUUUCCAUAUUUGGUAUUCCUGCACUCGUAGGCUGUAUCCGAAAUCGCAUACUAACGUACUACAUGCUACAUACUGCAUCAGUAUGUACUGUAUACUGCAUACUAAAUGAACGAUUCAGUAGCCGCUCCAGCAGACCGUUCACACAGCAGUAUGCAGCCAAGUAUCCCAGAA